AUGCCUGGCGAUUUCUCCAUGUGUCUGUGUCUCGGUCCUCUUCCUCCACCACAGUUGCGUCGUCCAUCUACAGGAACACUUCGACCAUGCUUGGUUCCAUUUCCUCGUCCUCCUGACCCUCGUAAAAAGGGUGUAGUCUUUGCCGAUGCCCUUGGACUAGCUCUUACCACUGUUUGCCAUUUCUCGCGCCCAUUCUUUGAUGAAGAUCCCCUGGUACUUGCAUUGGCUUCCUUGCGAGCCUUGCGUCCCUUCUCCACAUCAACAUACACACUGGACUUCCAGCCUCCUGCUCAUGACUACACUAGCUUCCGAGCUAAGCUUAACAAGCGGCAGGUAUGCCUGGAGCAAUGUGCAGUUCAGGGGGCAGCGGUGGCAGGAACUAUAAAAGUUCGUAACCUUGGUUAUGAGAAAAGGGUGACGCUUAGAGUGAGCUACGACGACUGGCAAAGCUAUUAUGACCUUCCAUGCACUUAUCUCCGUGAUCCGUAUGGUGGAGGCGAGAUUGAUAUGUUUUCUUUCAGGCUUCCACUGGCACCAGAUACCCAGCAAGCAGAGUUCUGUAUCUGUUUUUGGUGCCAGGGCAAGGAAUACUGGGACAACAAUGAAGGCAAAAACUAUGCACUGCACAAGGAG